UGCUACAGCACCAUUAUAGCACACUAGUACACAAAAAAGAAGACAACAGAAAAAUAAAGAAAGAUGUCUGGCUCUUGUGACACAACGCUGGAUGGAACUUUCAAUAAAACUGUUGAAAAUAUAAAAUCACUAUAUGCAAAAAGUGAAGAAUAUACCACAGAGAAAAAACCGAAGAUCAUUGGGGAGUUGCAAAACAUCGAAAGGAAAUACUCAUUUGAGCUUUCAACUGAAGUGAAGGUCUUCAACGACCCCAUCCAUGGACACAUGGAGCUGCACCCCCUGCUGGUGAAGAUCAUUGACACUCCUCAGUUUCAGAGACUGAGACACAUUAAACAGCUGGGAACUAAAUACCUGGUGUAUCCUGGAGCCACUCAUACUCGCUUCGAACACUCUCUUGGUGUGGCACAUUUAGCAGGAUGUCUGAUCAAGAGUCUGCAAGAGAAACAGCCGGAGCUCAACAUUACCGAACAAGAUUCCCUGUGUGUUCGGAUCGCUGCUCUGUGUCAUGACAUGGGUCAUGGUCCGUUCUCUCAUUUGUUUGAUGGCAUGUUCAUCCCUGAAGUCCAGCCUGAUUACAUAUGGGAGCAUGAGAAGGCAUCUGUUGACAUGUUUCACUGCAUGAGAAAGAAGAAUGGACUGGACAAAGAGAUGAAGGACUAUGGAUUGAAUCUAGACGAAGACAUCAGAUUUAUUGAGGAAUUAAUUUUGAAAGGACAAAAGGAUGGACAGUGGUCAAUGAAGGGCAGGACUGACGACAAAUCCUUCCUCUAUGAGAUUGUGGCAAAUAAAGUGAACGGCAUUGAUGUGGACAAAUGGGACUAUUUGGCUCGAGACUGCCAUUAUCUUGGCAUUCCAUGUGGUUUUGAUCAUCAGCGUCUGCUGAAAUCUGCUCGAGUGUGUGAGGUGGAUAAAAGAAAACACAUCUGCUUCAGAGACAAGGUGGCUGACAAUAUUUGUGACAUGUUUCACACCAGAUACACUCUGUACAGCCAGGCCUACCAGCACAAGAUCGUCAACAUCAUCGAAAAGAAGAUCUCAGAAGCCUUCAUAGCAGCAAAAGACAAGAUCCCAAGCCUCUCACUAAUUGCUGAAUCCAAAUUACAAGAAGAUAUCGAGAGGAAGCGCUCAAAUAUUCUAAACAAGGGUACAGGUGCUGAGAACCCAACAACAACAACAACAGCAAUGAAAGAGUUCAUCAAACUGAGCGAUCACAUCUUUGAGGAGAUCUUAUACUCCACUGAUGACGAGCUGAAAGAUGCCCGGAUGAAGCUUGAGGAUGUUGUGAGGAGACGCCUGCCGAAGUGUGUGGGAGAGACCAGAAUAACACAAACUGAAUACAACGAAAAGAGCGUACAGGAUAAGUGGAAUGAAGCAGUGGACGAGAGGAACAAACUUCUCCCGACUGUGUUCUUGGAUAAGAAUGAUUUCAACAUUGAUACUAUUCAACUGGACUACAGUCCCAGUAAGACUGAAACCCCCAUCUACAAUGUCUAUUUCUACAGUAAGAGAAACCCCACCGAUGUCAUCGAUAUUAAGAACUAUGAGAUAUCCAGUCUGCUGCCAGAGAAGUACACUGAAUAUGUUGGUCGGGUUUACUACACAAAAAAAUCUGACGAGGAGGAGAGGGACGCUAAGGAGUGCUUCAGAUGGUGGCGUCUCCGUGAGGACAGGAAGUGUAUGAUUCUGGUCUUCGAUCAGAAAGAGUUUAGAGGAAAUUGGCGCUUGAUCACGGGUGACUGUCCAUCAUUUGACCGCUGCAGUAUAACAGAGAUCCGCUCCUGUAUGGUGCUCAGUGGUAAGUGGGAUCUCUAUGAGGGUCCUGGCUACACUGAACCCCGUUACCAACUGCAGAGGGGGGUUUAUCGAAACCCUGAGGCUUGGCGUGCCAGUGGCAACACUGCUCCUGCUCUGUCUGUUAAACGUAGGACAGAGUAAAUUCUAUAACUCCAUCCAUCUGUUGCCCUCAUUCAUCUUUAAAAUAGGGCUGUCAAUUUAAAGCAUUCAUUUAAUGUUUCAUUAUAAUUUCUAGACAAAAAUAGUCUAAUCAGUGAUUUACACUGCUGUCAUAAUCAUGUAAUAUCUUUUACGUUUUUUAUUUUAAGUAGUUUUCUCUGCAAAUGUUAAUAUCUGCACUGAAUUGGGAAUUACGAUUAAUUACUUGGCAUAUCAUGCAAUUAAUUUGAUUUAACUGAUGCUUUUAUCCAAAGCGACUAGAAAAUGAGGAACAUCUGGAUUAAAUGAUUACACCUGAUUGACAGCUAUUGAAGCCACACGUGACCAUAUGAGAUUAUUUUGUGAAUAAAUCGUGUGGCAGAUGCUGCUGACAAAGAGCAGUGCAAUGAAAAAUCAGUGACGAGAAAGUAAAAUAAUAUAAGUAAAUCAAUCUAAAGAAACAGAGCUUCUAAACUAAGUGGGGGGAGAUUUUACCUUGAUUUUAGUUCUUCACAAAUGCAGUAGACAGAUAUUUUAGCCUAAUAGCUGCUUUAUGCUCUUGUUUGAGCAGCUAUCUAUAUGCUUGUUGUUAUUAUUAUUCACAAUGUGGUGCUGAUGUUGGAUAAAUAUGCACUAGUUAACAGUAGAUGAUGGUGAAGGGUUAUGUAAUGCAACGACAGGUUUGUUUGGUGAUGGAUAAAUAUAGACAACUGAUGGAUCAUUAAUUUUUUGUAAUUUCUUCAGAUGUGUGUGUAGAGCAGAGAUCUGGUUACAGUUCUUAUGAGAGAUUUUGGGGAGUUAGUCAUGUUUAGAGAUUGCAUUUGACAUGGAAUGAGUUGUCCUCCAUCUAGUUUCUUACCUUUUAGGAUGCAGGAGUUCAAUUACAUAUUUCUGGGGAAACAUGAGUUAUUCAGGGGAAAAAAAUGAAUGCUUUUCAGUUUGUUAUUCUCAGAAACUGACAAAAAAUAAACUGUAU